UAAUGAAGUUGAAUCUUGAUCAAGAGAAAAUGGUUUCUAGGGAGAAGAUGAAGAUGAUCAAGAGAGGACGGCUGCAUGAUCAAAACCACCUGCAACUACUUGGUUCCAUUACAAACUCUACUACUACAGGGAAUAAAACCUCCAUCGUCAUGGGCGCAGCAAAAUACAUUAAGGAUUUGAAGCACAAGGUCGAAACCCUAAGUGAAGGCAUCAUGAACAGUACUGGUUGCACUUCCACCACUAAUUAUCACCAAAACCCAUACCCAAUGGUAACUGUCAACACCUUAGAGAAGGGUUUUCUAGUUCGUGUAUGCUCCGAGGAAAGCUGUCAGGGGCUGCUUGUGUCGGUACUAGAAGCUUUUGAGGACAUAGGGCUUAAUGUUCUUCAAGCUAGGGCUUCUUGUACAAAUAACUUUCAGUUGGAAGUCAUUGGAGUUGGUAAUGAAGAAAAUGAAGAAAUAAUGGAUGCCCAAAUGGUGAAAUGGGCAGUUUCAAAAGCCAUUAACAACUGGACUGAGAGUAGUAGUCAUGUUAGUGAAGACCAAGAUUAAUCAACAAACAUGUGUUCGUCUCCUUUCCUUAAAUCGAACCUUUUUUACACACAAGGUUCGAUCAUUUUAAGCUUAAGGGUAUGUAUUUGAAUGUAAGAUCUUCAUCAUUGAGAAGUUGACAAAGGCAGGCAGGCAUGCUUUUAUCUUCUUCUUUUUAAGUGAGAUUAUUCAUAACUAAAUUUUUAUGUGUUCUGUCACCUUUUUGUUCAUGAUUUUGUAAUUUUCUAAAUGGCAAUUUUUGAGCUUGAAGCA